AUGGCCAUGGAAAAUAUCAUGAAACCCACGGAGUGGGGUAAGUCGACCGAAGUUGAAGCAAAACGAAUUGAAUCUGUCGAUGGUAAUUUCAAAGCGAAGUCACCUCCAGGCAUUUUGAAACUGAAGAUCAGCCCCCAUUCAACUAGCUACUGGACAAAGACCGCUAGGAUCUCAGCAGAGAAGGCAGAUGGCCAAUCGCGUAGGAGAUUCUUUCUAAAGGCAAGCAAAUAUCACCUAAAAUGGCUGGGCAUGAUAUUCGGGGAGCACGCUUCCAUGGUAGCAUUGUACAAUGCUUUGCCCGAGUUCGUCCCUGCUCCAGUAGGUUACGGUGCAUAUGCGUCAAAUCCAGAUAUUCACUUCUUCCUCUCUGAAUUCUUAAACAUGAUGGGCGAGAUUCCUGAGAUCCGAAUUUUCAUCGAAACCCCGGCAAAGCUGCACACCAAGGGGAUUUCGUCAGAAGGUGAAUACGGGUUCGAUCUCGGCAUGCAUGACAAAUGGGAAGAAUCUUUCUACCAUUCUCUCAAGUGGUUUAUGACCGCCCGCUGUAAACUGGAGGCCGCAAGAUUCAACCUCGUCUCAUUCACAGUGACCUUUGUCUACGACGCUGCUGGCCUGCAUGCUUACAACGAAAGUAAGUAUUACAGCACAGAAAGUACAAGUUACGAUGCGAACGAACUAACGGCUUAUUUCUUCGGUGGAGAUGUCGGUCUGGAGACCGGUUCGCCAUUUGAUUAA